AGGCAAUGUUUGAUUGUUUUUCUCUCAACAACUACGUUAAUCGGCUAAUAGUAACUUCAAUAAUAACGAAGUUAGCAAAAGGACCGACAUGAAUUCAAGCUAUAUAAUGUAUAUCAUUAGGCAUUUUUUUGAAAAUACAAUAAAAUAUACAAAAGACUCACUUGGCUGGUUUAUACUUUUUUUUUGAGAGAAGUAACUAUGAAAAGUGAUAAGGAUGCCGCUACAGAGAAUAGCAAACUAUGGGGAGGUAGAUUCGCCGGAAAAACAGAUCCCAAUCUAGAAAAACUUAAUUGUUCCAUAAGCACCGACAAAAGGAUGUACCGUGAAGACGUGGAGGGAAGUAAAGCGUAUGCCAAGGCCCUCGAAAAGGUCAAUCUGUUAACAAAGACUGAAAGUGAAGCAAUUUGUAAAGGUUUGGAAGAAAUAAAUUUAGAAUGGUUCAAAAACGAGUUUAUUAUCGAAAACGAUGAGGACAUACACUCCGCCAAUGAAAGACGACUCAAAGAACUUAUUGGAGAAUCUGCUACAAAAUUACACGUCGGUAGAAGCAGAAACGAUCAAGUCGUCACCGACAUGAAACUAUGGUUGAGAACCAACUUACAAAUACUGGGCAAAAAAAUCACUAAACUUAUUAAAGUGAUUGCGAUGAAGUCCGUUCAAGAAAUCGAUAUCAUUAUGCCUGGCUAUACUCACCUCCAGAGGGCUCAGCCCGUAAGAUGGAGUCACUAUCUGUUAAGUCACGCGUGGAGUUUAAAAUCAGACUUCGACAGGUUGGAAAAUAACAUAAAAUUGUUAAAUGUCAUGCCAUUGGGCAGCGGGGCGUUGGCUGGGAAUCCUUUCGACAUCGACAGGAUCGCACUCGCAAAAUCCUUAAAGUUCGAUGGAAUAACAGAAAACAGUAUGCAAGCCGUUAGUGAUAGAGAUUUUAUAGCCGAAUUUUUGUUUUGGGCUUCAAUGCUUGGCAUCCAUUUGAGUCGGCUAGCAGAAGAUUUAAUCAUAUUCAGCUCCAGAGAAUUUGAAUUUGUAACGAUCGCAGAGUCAUUUUCUACAGGAAGCAGUUUGAUGCCCCAAAAAAGAAACCCAGAUAGCUUGGAGCUCAUAAGAGGUAUAGGAGGCAGCCUGUUUGGUCAGUGUUGUAGUUUUAUGAUGGUACUCAAAAGUCUUCCUUCGACGUAUAAUAAAGACUUACAAUGUGACAAGGAAGCCAUGUUCGCUACAUUUGAUAAACUUCAGUCCAUUUUGGAGGUAACCACUGGAACGCUCGAGACAUUAAAAAUCAAUCAGGAAAAGUGUAGAUCUACGCUAAGCUACGAGAUGCUAGCUACUGAUGUUGCCUAUUAUUUGGUCAGAAAGGGCGUGCCAUUUAGAAAAGCGCAUCAUAUCGCCGGACAGGUCGUGUCCGCAGCCGAAAAAAAGGACGUCAGUAUUUGCGAUUUAACUUUAGAAGAGCUUAAAAACAUAAGUAUCCACUUUGAUGUAGACAUUGGUAAGGUUUGGAAUUACGAAAAUAGUGUAGAGCAGUAUCAAACGAUUGGAGGCACUUCAAAAAGCAGCGUCCUACGACAAAUAGCUUCUUUGAAACAGUGGCUAGAAAAAGGGGAUGAUAAAUCAGUUUAAUAAACUAAAUAUCACUCGGCAAUGUCUACUACUAACAUCUCAUCAGCACAUAUCUACACACCAGACUACAGCCUUUAGAUCAACUUUCACAAUGUUUCAUUUAAUUUUUAAAAUUUUAAAUUAGGAAU